GAAUACCUCUGCUGCCGACUUUAAUCGGAUGGCUAAACAACAAUAAACAGCCGUAAUCAGCGUAUAAAUUGGCGUUUAUUAGACUUUGUGAUUAUUCCAUCCGGAGCAACUGAAGAUGUCGUACCAAGGAUAUGAGAACCUCCUCGUGGAGCAGCAAGACAAGCUGCUGGUGGUGAAAUUUAACAAUCCGCGGAGAAAGAACUGCAUAAACAAAGCGACCUACCAGGAAAUGACACGGGUUCUAACUGAGGUCAACGACGAUGAGGGCGUGACAGUGGUUGUUUUCACCGGCGUGGGAGAGUACUUUACGGCCGGCAAUGAUUUAUCACAGUCGGGGGGCUCUGGUGACAUGAACGAGUAUUUCAAAAAGUCCAAUGCUAUUUUCAAAGCCAUGGUUCUAAGUUUUGUGAACUGCAAGAAGAUUGUGAUCGCUUUGGUCAACGGACCGGCAAUUGGCAUUGGAGCCACCAUUGUGGGACUGAGCGAUGUGGCCUGGUGUUCCGAGACCGCCUAUUUCCUCGCACCGUUCACCAAGUUGGGCUUGGUGCCUGAGGGCGGCUCCUCCUUUAUGCUACCCUUGAUCCUGGGACGUUCUAAGGCCUCGGAAGUCCUCCUCCUCAACGAACCUCUCUCUGCCGCAGAGGCCUACAGCUUCAACUUUGUCUCGCGGGUUUACAAGUCCAGCGAAGCAGACUCUGUAAUCUGGCCCAAGUUGCGUCAGUAUGCCGAACUGCCUCCAAACUCGUUGAGACAGGGAAAACGGCUUAUCAAAGAGGGAUUCUUAGAGGGUCUUCUGAAGGCCAAUGAUUCCGAGUGCCGUCAGCUGCUGGAGUGUUUCCAGCAUCCGGAGUUCUUCCAAGCUAUCAUGGACUUUGCCUCCCGCAAAAACAAAUCAAAAUUGUAGUUGUUUGCACCUAAAUGUGUAUGCAUACAUACAUGCAUAUACAAUUAAUUGCCAGAAAAGCUAAUGAUUAGUGAUUGGAAUAAUAGUUGUUCUUGACUGAUUCCAAUUAUUUUACA